GUUGUGCUGCGCUGCGUUCGUUCGCUGCUCGCCUGCUCGGGCGUGGACGGGGCUCCGGAGAUAACGCCUCUGGGUUUGUGUGGAACGCGGCUUGUUGCUGUGUUCGGACCCAGUUUGGGCCGUUACCUGGACCGGACUGCUGUGUGCGUGCUGAUGAGUGUGUGGGGCUGUGUUUGCUGUGCGUCUGGACCCGAGGUGCUGCAUGUGCAUGAGUUUACAUGAAGGCAUGUGGAUGUGUGGGCUCCUCCAGAACCGUUCAUCCUCUCACCAGAACCCGCCGUGGACGGGCCUGUGGGGACUGUGACAUGUUUGAGCAGCUCAAACAGGUUCGUAUGGAAUAAAGCCUCGUGCAGCAGGGACCCAGGGGCCGACUGGUCCUGUCUCUGAGCAGAUCCAUCCAGGCUGGGUUCUGUACGGACAGGAGGCAGACGGCGCCGCUCGCUCCCGGUGGCGGUGGCAAACCGUGUGGGGAGCAGAUGAUUACUUAUUCACUCAUGCGUGUCGCUAAGCUCCGAGGUGUAAUAGAUUAAAGUGUGGCCCGGUGGCAUGCGGAACAGCGGCUCCAACUUUAGAAUUGUGCGGCUUUAAUUACAUAAUUUUGCAGCUUCCAAUCUGGUGCCAGCAGCUGGACCUUGAGAGAUGCAGUGUUACUAAUUCAGCUGAUUUCAUACUGUGCGUCUGUGCCAGAAACGAGCCACAUGGUUUUUAUUUGAUCCUUUUUGCAAUUUAGUCCAUGAGUAUCAACAAUUGUGUUAAAGUGUGUGAUCCAAGCUCUCACCCAACAAAUGCUUCAGCCCAUUUAUUACACAGGAGCCUGAAACGGCAACGGGUGAACGGGGCUGUGGGGACCGCGUAUGGAAAUCCUUACUUAAGCAGAAUUAAAUUGCCCUCAGAGACAGAGAGUGGAGCGGAGACAGCGAUCAGUAAAUGAAUCCCUGAGCCGCCGCUCGGACGAGGAGGGAUCGUGAUGUGGGAGCAGGUAGUCGCUCCAGUUAUUGCGUCAGUGAAGAUUAAUGAGCCUGUUCCUGAAGCGCUCACGCGAGACCCAGCCGUGUUCCUGCUGUCCGGCCCCUGUCAUUCAUCCCGAACCAGAGCAGCUGCACCGGACCGGACCAGAUAACACAGGACAGAGUAAGAAUGGCAGAGGGGUCCAGGGACCAAGGGGGCGCGGGCGCCGCUGAUCCGGAGGAGGACUCGCCAAAUAUGAUUGUCUACAGAAAGAUUGAAGACAUUGUGACACGAAUACAAGACGAGAAAGCAGGAGGCAUAGCCGUCCGGACGGUCAAAAGCUUCCUGUCCAAGAUCCCCAGUGUCGUAUCAGGGGCAGAAAUCGUCCAGUGGCUGGUGAAAAACCUCUUCAUUGAGGAUCCAGCUGAAGCCAUUCACCUCGGGAGCCUGAUCGCCGCCCACGGCUACAUCUUCCCCAUCUCUGACCACGUCCUGAUGCUUAAAGAUGAUGGGACCCUUUAUCGCUUUCAGUCUCCGUAUUUCUGGCCUUCGAACUGCUGGGAGCCUGAAAACACAGACUAUGCCAUUUACCUGUGUAAGCGCACCAUGCAGAACAAAGCCCGGCUGGAGCUGGCGGACUAUGAGGCUGAGAACCUCGCCCGGCUGCAGAGGGCCUUCGCCAGGAAGUGGGAGUUCAUCUUCAUGCAGGCGGAGGCUCAAGUCAAAAUCGACAGGAAGAAGGACAAGGCCGAGAGGAAGAUCCUGGACAGUCAGGAGAGGGCGUUCUGGGACGUCCACCGCCCCGUGCCGGGCUGCGUCAACACCACAGAGAUGGACAUCCGCAAGUGCCGCAGGGAGAAGAACCCACACAGGGUGAAAAAGUCGGUGUACGGCGUCCCGGACGACGGCCAGAGCCAGCCCAGUCCCAUCCACAUCAGCUCGCAGCCGAGCAGGAAGCCCACCAGGGAGGACGUGCAGAAGGAGAUCACGUUCCUGAACAUCCAGCUGGACAGACACUGCAUGAAGGUUUCCAAGGUGGCCGACAGCCUGAUGAGCUACACGGAGCAGUUCAUGGAGUACGACCCCUUCGUGUCGGCCCCGGAGCCGUCCAACCCCUGGCUCAGCGACGACACCGCCUUCUGGGACCUGGAGGCCAGCCGCGACCCCAGUCAGCAGCGUGUGAAGAAAUGGAGCUUCUCUCUGGAGGAGGCGCUGAAGGACCCAGCAGGACGAGACCAGUUCCUGAAGUUCCUGGAGUCCGAGUUCAGCUCAGAGAACCUACGGUUCUGGUUGGCCGUCCAGGACCUGAAGAGGCGCCCGCUGCAGGACGUGGCCUCCAGGGCGCAGGAGAUCUGGCAGGAGUUCCUCGCCGAGGGCGCCCCGAGCUCCAUCAACCUGGACUCGCACAGCUACGAGCGCACCAGCGCCAACCUGAAGGACCCGGGGCGCUACAGCUACGAGGACGCGCAGGAGCACAUUUUCCAGUUGAUGAAAAGUGACAGCUAUGCACGCUUCCUGCGCUCCAACAUCUACCAGGACCUCCUGUUAGCCAGGAAGAAGCAGCAGCCAGCAGACACUGAGCAGGGCCGCCGCACCUCCUUGGAGAAGUUCACGCGCAGUGUGGGUAAGUCGUUGACGGGGAAGCGGCUGACGGGCCUGAUGCAGUCAUCCUGACACCGUGUGUGCUGGAGGGGCACGGCCACGCGCUGUCGGACGGCGCAGACAGUGGCUCCGGGCCGGACAGGGCCGCUGUGGAGGCCCUCGGACGCUGCUCCCAGGACUAGUGCCAUGUUGGUAGUGCAGCAUUAGGCUGGCCGGGCCGAGCGCCCCGAACAGAACCGAACCGAACCGAACCGCUGAGGGAAAGGUGAAGCUCGGCCAACACAUCACAUGGCAUGCAGCAUUAGUAGAAGCACAUUGAGAUGAAAGCUGCCGUCUUUCCAUUAGUUGGCAAAAUGUCUGUUUCUUUAUCCAAUUAGCCGGUGGAUUUCUAUGUUUUGUUUCCUUUUGUUUUAUAUAAAUGUUUACUCGAUUUUAGAAGCAACAAUAUCCCUGGAAAAUAAAAUAAUGAUAUCAAAACAAGUUACAAGGAUCUAACGUUCGUAAAAGAGCUGGGGCCAGUAACACGCCUGCUGAGGCCAGAGAGGCACAGCUGCACCACACUAACUUGUUUUAGGUCACAAGGCAGCAAUAAAUAAAGUGUUAAAUCACUUUUCUUUCUUAUUUUAACUCUUUUAUAGCUUUGGUUCUAUUAUACCUGUUUCUUAUAAAGCACAUGACAUGUUGGUAAAAUAGUGAACUCCGUUUUGGCCGUAGUCAAGAAUGCAAAGUUGUGUUGUAAUUGCUACAAAAUAAGUUUGUGAAGAUAUGUUUCAUACUUCAUAACAUUCCAAAUCUGGCAUAAGGGCUUAAUGUAGCAUCCUCACUGCUCCGUUGCAUGUUUCCACCAAAUGUCUAUGUUGGGAAUUUUUGUAAUGAGCUUAAUUGAUGAGUAUGCUGCAGUGAACCAGAGUCCGUAAUACACAACAUAUGGUCGUGUGAAUCACAAUGAUCUGAGACACAUUUUAAGUUCACAGCGCCACAGGUCCAUCUAGUGGUGGUUGGGCCACAGGACCAGCAGCAGAAGCGUUAAUGCACUGUGUUCAGCUGUGUACGUCACGCUGUAGGACAUGAUGCCGUCAGAGCCGGCUGUUCAGUCGUGGAGGUUUGGUCUGCUGCAGAAUGUGGGAUCAUUUAUGUUCAGUUGCUUUGUAAAUGCAUGAAUAUUUCCUCUUUUGUUCUCGCACAACAAUGAAUCUAUGAAUCAUUUACGUUUGAACAACGACUCGCCAUCUAAUAAUCAUUAUGCAUCUGAAUGAUUUGGGGGAAAACGGUGCAUGUUAUUAAAGCAUAAGGUGGUUUUCCUCCCAAAACACGACGCACAGACAAGGAGGAGCCCUGGUGGGGGCUCCACUCCUGGAAGCGGUACGUGACCCAUGGCUGGCGCUGCACACCGACAUUCAAGGCCUCGACGCUCCACUGUGUCCUUCUACCUUCUUCUACAGAUGGAAAGUGCUCAAACCGAGGAGAUAUUAUUCUCGCAGCGCCCCCAUGAGGCCAGAGACUGCUACAGUGACAGACUACGCUGCUGAAUGAGUGUUUCGUCUGUUGUUUUCUAUUAGAGUCACUGCAAUGCACUGUACAAAUACAAUCAGUAUCAUAAACCAAUAACCUCUUGAUUAUAAGGUAGAGAAAGAUGCUUCACUCAAGUCAAUGUACCAAAUGUUACACUCUGCACAACACAGUGACGAUAUGUACAGAGAACAUUGUAGAUGUAUAUUGGCGACAUUUCAUUAUUCAGAAAGCACACUUUAUUAUGAUAUGGGCACAUUACUAUGCAUGUAAUAUAUUCAGGGCAUUUUGUGCUUUUAGUUUCUCAACCAGCAAGAUAACUACUGGCACUCGAAAACACUCAAGCACCUGCUAUUUAUUCAUGGGUACCAAAUAAUAAAAACUCUGGACCUGUC